AUGUUCAAUAAGAAAUUUGUUGAAAAUGAGGAAUUUGAUUUAUCAGGGAAAGGUGAUCUUUUAAGAUUUUAUUUACGCAAUAGAGCUAAUAACCACCUAAAAUACGGCAGUACCAACCUAAGAAAAUUGACUAUUUUAGCAGAUUGCAGUGACGUUAUUUUGAGAGGGGAGACUAAAUUUUUCGAAGAGAGGAAAAAAUUGAAUAGUGAUUUUAAUGAUUUUCAUACUCAAUUAAAAACCAAUAUUAGAAUACAUUUUAAUAAAGGGAAAUUAAAUAGAGGUCCUUGGAAUAAAGACGAGGAUGAAAAAUUAAGAAAGUUGGUUGGUCAUUAUGGAGCUAGAAACUGGAGUUUUAUAGCUGAAAAAAUUGGUACGAGGACGGGAAAGCAAUGUAGAGAAAGGUGGCAUAAUCAUUUAAAUCCAUCAGUAAAUAAGAAUCCAUUUACUAAAGAGGAAAAAUUACUGAUUAUUCAAUUGCACAGCAAAUUAGGAAAUAAAUGGUCAACAAUUGCAAAACAUUUGAAGGGACGGACUGAUAAUUCAAUUAAGAACUUUUUUAAUUCUCUUAGAAAAUAA